AUGGGUUGCGAACAGUCAGCAACUCGACUCACUGGCAACUCCUCCCACAAUUUAAUGGCCCCUUUUAUUUCUUGGAAUUGUCGGGGAAUUAGGACAAAACUUGAAGACCUCAAAGCUCUCGUGAAUUCCACACACCCUGUUUGCAUAGCGCUUCAAGAUACGUUCUUGAAGUCAAAUGUUCACUUGAAGAUACGUGGAUAUAAUUGUGUCCGAAAGGAUAACGUUACUGGCUUAUCUUCUGGCGGGGUAUGCAUUUUGACCUCCAACAGUUAUCCCAGUACUAUCCUAAACCUACACACUCCCUUGCAGGCUGUGGCUGUACAGGUGCACGUCAAAACCUUAGUUACAGUCUGCUGUAUUUAUCUACCACCAAACGAUGUCAUCCCUCAAAACGAUCUUAAUGUUCUGAUAGAUCAACUUCCAGUGCCUUUCAUACUGCUUGGCGACUUCAAUGGACACAGUACCUUGUGGGGUUCUGAUAGAACAAAUUCUCGUACAUUUCAUUCUGUUGAUUUAGCUCUUUGCACUCCAGCACUUUUUCCUUUGCUGAACUUUAUAGUAGCAAGUGAUCUGUAUAAUAGCGAUCACUUUCCCUUGAUCGUUUCCCACGCUGAUGAGAAUAAUGCGACACAACAAUAUCCACAGACUUACAUAUUCCAGAGGGCAGACUGGGGUACAUUUACUAGGAAAGCGGUGAUUACCGAGGAAAUGGUCACUCCCACUAGUAUUACUAAUUCGGUCCAAAAUGUUAUUGACUGUAUCAUUGGUGCAGCGAAUGCUACAAUUCCUAAACGCUCGUCUUUUCCACGAAAAUAUCACAAACCGUGGUGGAACGACGCUUGUCGUGAAGCUUAUAGGGACCAAAAGAGAUUAUGGGGGAUCUUUCGUAGAUACCCUACAACUGAAAACCUCAUUGCAUUUAAAAAAGCAAGAGCAAAUGCGCGCCGCAUCAGACGUCUCAGCCAGAGAGCUUCAUGGAUAAGAUACGUUUCCUCAAUUACUUCUACUACAUCCAGCGCCCAAGUGUGGCGGAAAGUCCGGGAGGCCAAUGGCAUAUAUAAGGAUUUUACUUUUCCUGUAUUAAGCGUUGGGUCGCUUUCUUACUCUUCUCCAUUCGAAAUUGCGAAUAUAAUGGGUCAAACGUUUGCUGAUAUUUCCAGUUCUGCUUUCUGGAAUCCAGUUUUUCUCACGAAAAAGAGACGGGCAGAACAAUUAAAAUUAAAAUUCGAAACUCGUGGUUGCUUUUUAUACAACUGCGAGUUCCGGAUGUAUGAACUAAAGAAGGCUCUCUCUCGGACACGUGAUACUAACCCAGGUGUUGAUGGAAUAACAUACAGCAUGCUCCGCCAUCUGGAUGAAUCAUCUCUUUUAUCUCCUUCAUCUCUUUAA